UAUGAUUAGAUCCAAGUUCAGUUAUUUAAAUAAUGGUUGGGAUUACGCAUAUACUCCUCUUGGCUUUUUUCUGCUCUUUGGCUGGAAAAGUGACUGCUCAGUGCAAUGCUGGAAUUUAUGUUCAAAAAACUCAUAUCUGGAGUAAGGGCUAUGUAGGUAAGUUGUACCUGGACCAGGCCUGGCUUGAAAACCCCACGGAAGACUGGAAACUAAGCAUCACAUUCAAGUCAGAGGUUCUGGAGUUUAAGGUUUGGGACGCAGAUAUUGUAAACCCGGCUACUGCAAAUAACUAUGUUAAUAACGUUACAUCAGUUGACAUUGUGAACAAGUGCUGGAAUCCAAUCUUGUAUUCUUGUCAAUAUUUAGAACUACCCUUCCUUGUUAGGUAUCCGGACUGGGUUAAUGAUAUUGCUUCAUCCAACUACGACAUUGCCUCUCUCAGUGAAAGUGUGACCUACGCCCUGAGUGCUACUGGUUCAGAAACCUACUGUCUACCAAUCAGUGGACAACCAACAUCUGCUGCUACCGUUGUUUCAACAACAGCUCCUGCUUCAACAAUAGCUUAAACAGCAGCUCCUGUUUCAACAAUAGCUCAAACAGCAGCUCCUGAUUCAAUAACAGCUUAAACAAUAGCUCCUGCUUCUACAAUAGCUUAAACAACAGCUCUUGCUUCAACAAUAGCUCAAACAGCAGCUCCUGAUUCCACAACAGCUUAAACAAUAGCUCCUGCUUCUACAAUAGCUAAAUCAACAGCAACUGCGUCCGUAAAAGCUAAAUUAUCAAAUUCUAAUUCAAUAUGAUUAACAUGCAAUAAUAAAUACAUUUCAAAAUUAUUAA